CGCGGGAGGGGGCGGGGCUACCCACGCCCGCCACGAGUGUCGCACCCGGGAUUUAAAUCCUGGAUCAAAACUUCUCUCUGACAAUCAACCUGAACCGACCGACGGAGAUUCCUUUGCCUCGGAGUAACCCUGGCCGAGACUUCCCAGACUGCAGACCGCUUACAGAGCUGGAUACUUGAUAUAAAGUAGUUAGGAAAGCUCUAGGGAGCAGCUCAGAUCCAGGUGUGUCCCGCAGCCUGCCUUGAGAUUUCUUGUGUGAUCUUGAGCAAGCCUUUCCAUGCGCUUUUUUGCAAGCUCCCUGCUUGCAAAAUUCUGAAGUGUCUCACAGAAAAAAAAAAGUAGCAAUGACUGAGGUAUUCCACAGCCCUCACCAAUGGGAAGCAAAUUAAAAAUGGGGAUUUGCAAUUUCCAAUGGGAGCCAAUUAAAAAAGAAAUCCAAAUUAUUAAAGUGUGCUUUUUGUCAAAAGGCAAAUACUUCCUUUUUCUGCUUGCUUUAAUAAAAAGGAAAUAGUAAAAAUUAAACCAGAUAAAGCCUGGUAGAUGUACUACCUCAGAAAGCAGUCUAUGUGCCUUAGGACUCUCCUGCCUUAUUAGUCCAUGGUAUGAAAUCCUGGGAAAUGUUCUGGGGAGUAUAAAUUCCAAUCAUCUUAAUUAAUGUCUAAGAGUUGAGUGUCUUUUGUUUAAGACCGGGUUUUAUGGCCCUCUCCUCAAAGGCUGAAAUUCAAAAGGAGAACUGAAAUGUUGGUAUGGACUUUAUGAUGGAUUGGGAAGUACUGCAGAUAUUGUUAGAGACAUAUGUACAACCUACUUACAGAUGCACCUGUUGUAAUACAAGAAGUGUUUAACAUAUGUUGAAAUUAGUUCAGAUGUUACAUUGUAAAUGGUACUAUAGACUUAACGGGAAUUAGUUGAUGCUGUGGUAGUAAACUUGGGAGGUACACCCCAUUCUCUGUUUGGAAGCAGUCAUGAACUGGGAGAAAAACAACCCCGAGUCACGGAUUUUAUCAUGAAUGAAUUCUAAUGAGUUCCACUUGAAGUACAUCCUUUUUUUGAUUUUUUUUUAUGACUGGAACUGGGUGGUCUGUCUUAAAUGGGUUUCUCUUGGUGUUCAAAGAGAGAUCCUUUUUAGGGGGUGUGUGCGUGUGUGUUUUGUUGUGUUGGUUUUUGGCCAAAGAGGAGGAAUUUGUGCUUAUAUCUUCUGGAGUGUACAAAACUGGAGUUUGGGGUUUUGUCUGGACAGUUGUGUCUACACAGUGAGUGCUGCUGAAAGUUGAGACUCCCUGCAUAAUCCUGUUUGGGUUUAUGCUUUUUCUUCCAAUCUAUUAAUAGAACAAAAUACUAAAAUGCUUAAAUACAUGUCAUGAGUAACUGGGCUGCUUUUGAACUGAAAACAAAAGCUGCCUACUUUUUUUUUUUAAAGGCCAGCCCCAGGUGUGUUAAAUAUGGAUUUCUUUCCUUUUCCUUUGAUACUUCUAACGAGGACAUGCCCGGUGGGACCAAUAUCUCUUUUGUGGUAGUUGCUGCAAACUGUUCUGUGAGGAAAUGCAGACUAUGCUGCCGAGCUGUUCUCUCUAUUCUAAGAAAUCACUAUGAUCCAGUAGGUUUAACGAAAAGUGGGAGCGGUAGUUAAAGCACACCCAGGGGAUGCCUCCCACCAGGCAAGGCUUGGAGAAGCCGGGCAGGGUCAGUCCUGCCCACUGCACUUGGCUGAGGCAGUGCCGCAGUAGUGCCUGUCUGCCAGAGCACUUUAUUUUUGUCCUGUGAUUAUCAGGAAGGCUUUCCAAGAGGAGCCAGGGAUUACAGGGCAAACAGCACAAAGCUGUGGGAAACCAGGUUCCGUCAGUUGUGUUGAGGGCAGAUCAAGCUUGCUUGUGUAGCGCUGUCUGUUCUGCAGGUUGUUUCUAAGAGGCCUUAAAGCCUCUCGAAAUUGAAAAUUGCAGUAGAGUAUUUUUGAGCAUUCUUGCUGAGCUUAAUUUUCUGGUGUUUCACCAGAUGCUGUCUGUUGCCAGGAUCUUGUCUUUGCUUUUGGAAUGCCUUCUAGACAAGGUAAAAACAGUGGAAGUUGGCUUAUCUGAAACACUGUUACUCUGUGAGUGAACUGGAAAUAGCCAUAUUAAUUUGAAGUGUUCUUUGUAGGCCCUUGAAUUUCAAAGCAAAAGGAAAUAAGAAAUAUAAGAAUCUUACCCUAGUCUCCAGAAAUCUCAUUACUAUCAAGAAAAUUUCAGGUGUUUGGGAUGAGGAAGGAUGACUCAAUUUACAAGGAGUGAAAGCUGGUACAGAGGAGCCUUACAAAGGCCCAUGCAAGUGGAGUUUUAUUGUCAUUGGAAACAAAAAGAUCACAAACAAAAAAUCCACUAGAAGACAAAGCAAUCCUCUCCCUAAUCAAAAAUCCCCCAGAACAUUGUCUGCAGUGUUGUGUAACCAAAGUGAUAGUGUUAUGCAAGGGGGGAAGUCAAAAAGUGAAAGGACCAUAAACAAAAGCUGGGAAGGGAGAGAAUGCCACCCUGAGUGCUGGCAGGUUUGGGGGUGGUUUUGUUGUGUUUCUUUUGAUAGGGAGCAAUAGUCACCAACACGAACACACUAGUUUCAGGAUUUAGGCAAAUUCUGGUGAGGUAAACCUGGUAGGGAAGGGUAUAAGGCAGAAAUGAGGACUAAGAAAUCAGCAAAGGUAGCAGGGGGAGAGGGGAGAGAGAGGAGUAGGAGUCACUGAGGGCUUAGGGACCUGUAGGUGUGGUGAGAGAAGGGACGGGGUGCAGGGUCGGGCUGUGAUAAACUGCAGUUCCCAGCUAUAUCCUCCUGGGUAAUUAAGGCAUUAAGGGAGGAUAAGCAUAAAGUCACUUUAAACAUCAGUUCCUGUACUGUGCAUGUCUGGUACUUGUUUCUUCCCUUCCCCAGUACUUGUUUAAUGUCAGCUUUUCUUUCUGCAAUACUUUUUAGUCUUUUAAGUGGAGUGUGUAUUCAGCAGAUGAAAGGCAAACUGUUUGCCAGUUUAGUAGCAUUUCAGCUGUUCUGGUUUUGAAACCUCAACUAGUGCACAAUGGAAAAAGUUCCUGAAAUGGUUUACCUAUGACAAAAAAGCUUUUUGCAGAAUGCAAAUACAGUCUCUUCCAGAAUACCAUUUUGCAGUACUUGUCUUCCCUCCCUUUGUGCUUUUAUUUCUAUUUUUUUCCCCCCAAAGACAGUAGGUUUGGCUCUGGAAACUCACUUCCAAUAAGGGUGGAGUGAAAUUAUUUUUGUGGCUUUCUGCCAAAAUGAAAUAAAAUCUGUCAAAAUGAAAAUUGUACAAUUCUUGUCGAGCCAAGUACUUGUACUAAAAUUUGUUUAUAAUUUUUUUGCAGCUGAUUCUUUGUUUUGCUCAUGUGUCAAUGACUUUUUGUGUGUGUGUAUGAACUUCUUGGAGAAAUACCAAGAACGGGAGACAGGAACAGUAACAGUUUUAUGUAGUCUUAGUCUAUAGUCUGAAAUGAGGUGAACACACCUGAAUGUCUCCCAUGACUGUCCUCAGGGCAGAAACAUUUUGUGAGGAUUGCAGGUUGCUGGGCAAGGGGUUAAUUCAGCGAUUUCCCUAUUCAAAAGCAUUUUAUUUAUUUUUUAGCUAUAUUGUAAUUUAAGCGUCUUCUGUCAGGCACUCCUAAUUAGUUAGUGUUUUGUCAGAGCUCUUUAGUUUACUAUUUGUGGUUCCACUUGAUGGUACUUUGAUUUAUUCCUCUCUUUCCCCUAAAAGAAUGGGAAAGAAGUCCCCCAGACUAAACAAAAAACAAAGAAAAAAAAAUUUCUAAUGGUAUGCAUUGCAGUUUUGGAAGUUUGAAACUGUACCAGAAGGGUAUGUGAUAUUUGAGGGAAUACGAUCAAGUUAAAACACAGUACUGUGUAAUUUUUGUGCUGCCAGUUUUUUGAAUAGCCUCUCCAUCUUCAUACAGGUAUGUCUUCCACAUCUCCAAACUUCUUGUUUGCUUGAGCAGCAGCUCUGCUCAAUGUAAAUGUUUUCUGGUUUUCAGGAGUAGCAACCUUUGCCUGUUAAACCACUCAGACUAAGGGAUGUGGACAGUAAACCUGAACAGUUAUAAACUGGUUGCUCAGUGUAUGUAGAUACCAGGCUGAUGUUCUUCUGGGAGAGGUUCUUGACAUUCCGAGGGACAAAUCAAACACGGGGACUCCUGAGCUCAGAGUAACCCCACAGAGGAACUGUGGGCUUCACUUCAUUCCCCCUUAUGUUUUAGCUGUGUUAAAUUGCUCUGACAUACUACAGUUAUUUGCCGUAUGCUGAGGGCAGGCAGGCAUAAGUGUCUGAAUCCAUACUCCUCUGGAUUUAAAAAUUCUUGGGCCUGCUGGCUUUUACAAGAAUGGAAAGACACAAAGCCAUGAGUUAACCAGAUGCUGAGAGCAUUACCGAGUCGUCAGAGCCUUUAGGAUUCAGGGUUCCAGCACUCAUCAGUGCACUUCCUGAUCCUAGAACGGGGCUCUUCCUGAACAGCUAUCCACUGGGAGGGCUUUGUUCUGAUUCCUUGGUAGGCUGAAAUUAUUGGCUUAUUGAUAAAGGUUAAAAUCCUGGAGAUUAUAGUAGUAUCAUUUAGGAUUAGCAGUGUGACCACCAAACUUGGUCCCGGUGAUGCUGGAUAGGUGAUGUACGGAGAAUGAGAACCUCAUGGUUGAAGUACGUGUGGAGGAAUGAAAGGUGAACACAGCAUACCAAGAGAGGUAAGGCAGUGCUGGAGCAUGUGGCUCUCUGUUUUUCUUCAUGUUUUGAGAGUUAAGGAGCAAGUUUCCAGACUGGUACUUCUCAGAUCCUUAGGUUUCCAUAUCUCCCUUUAAUUUUCACAUCUUCAGUGUAAAAAGCCUGUAGUUAUAAACAAGAUAAGGCUUCAGACAAGGAGUUUGCUUUUCUUAAGGUCCGUAUGUGGACCUUAAGUCUUGGAAUUGUUGACCCCUUAUGAGAUCUGUGCAUUAAAAAUUGCUGAGCUAGGCAGUUGCUGUGGAGAUCAGAGAAACUGGAGACAUUAAAAGUGGUGCAGUGGAAGUGGUGCACAAACAGUACAGUGGUUCAACAGAGAAUUUACUGUGGCAUUACUGUGCUACACUCACAUUUGCUACUGCUCUCUUGCUGUUUUUGGUUUUGUCUCUAGCUUCUUAACAAAGACCUGACCGUAACUUAUCUUUCAGUCUUCUGCAGGCCAUGUUCAGUUAAAUCAUUCACUGGGCUUCUUUAACCAUCUCCUAAACAAAGCUGUUUGCUGUAAACUACCUACUGUAGAUAUAAUGACACCAGCCCUCAGAGAGGCAGCAACAAAAGAUCAUGGUAUCCACUUGUCACCUUCUUUGUCCUCUAGAGCUAUGGAGUCUGAUACAGCUUUGUGCAUGGAAAAUUCCAGAGCAGUGGAAGAGAAGAUAAAAGAGGACUCCAUCACACAGAUUACUUGCUCAGUCCUGGGGUUCCCCACUGCUGAGCCCAACCUCAGGAAUGAUAUCUUCAGUGUACAGCAUUUUGGUUCCCCACCAGCCUCCAAGCGCUAUCAGUCUAUCUUGUUAAUGAGUACAAAUUCUGCGUUUAGCAACAAAACUGGUAAGCAAAUGAAAGCAGGAGAGCCUGGCUGCUCCAAGAUGAGAAAGUCAUUACAUAAUGGUGGUGACACAUCCUUUGGUCAGAUUAGUCACUCAGAACCUGAGCAACAGGUCAAAGGGGCAAUGUUUUCAGAGGCCGCAUCUCCGAACUUAGCAGGAACAGAGAGACUCUCAGAUUCAAAUGUAACUGAAUCCAGUAAUGCAGAAGAAAUGCAACUUUUAAAUGGUAAAUGGUACAAGAAGAAUGGGUUUUUGGGUAGGGCUUUGGAAGUCUGCGCUGAAACAAUAAAAGGGGAUUUAUUAUACCAAAUUCUUCACGGGCCUUCAGAAGGGAUUUUGAGCUGCACCCAGGAGGAGGUGUAUGCUCGCUUACUCCAGUGUGUCACUAAGCAACAAAUGGAAAUCAGUCGCGCCAAAAGAACUCAGAAGCGUUUACAAAUGCUCCUGGCAAAGCAUGUUAUCAAGCACUGUGAUCAGCAGCUGAAAUGCUUCGUGAAACAUCAGCUUCAGAGAAUGAAGUUUUUCCAUGAGCCAACCAGAUUUUUGAGCAGUAACUCCCUCAGGUGCACUGAAGGUUGGCCAGAAAACAAUGCAACUACUUUGGAGAGUAGUUUGAGUGUGGACGUACAGAACGGAGUUACCGUUGCACCAGGUGAAAUCCGGGGGUUUGCACUGUCUACUGGAGGGCUGCUGUCUCGCGUGGAGAAGGACCUGGACUCUGAUGCAACAUGUAGCAGUUCAGAUGAAGAUGGUGAGGAACAGACUGUAAGAACAACUGUGGAAGCCAGCUAUACUUCUGAAUGGAAGUGGCUUGCAGACAGAGCUAGAAUUGGCAGCCGUUGGACGUGGCUUCAAGCCCAGAUUUCAGAACUAGAAUACAAAAUCCAACAACUAACUGACCUUCACAGGCAGAUACGUGCCACCAAGGGGAUGGUGAUCUUAGAAGAAUUCCCAUUUCCAAAAGACAUUCUGAAGAAGCAAAUACAAUUGACAGACCAAGAAGCUUUAUUAAACGCCACAGGGAAUUCGCAAGCUGCCGUUGAGAGACAGGAUUCUUUGCCGGAGCAUGACUUUGAAAUGUCACCCAGCAGUCCUACUCUGCUCUUACGAAACAUAGAAAAACAGAGUGCACAACUGAGUGAAAUCAUCAGCAGCCUAAUCGCUCCACUCAAUCUGUCUCCAGCUUCUUCAUCUCUUUCCUCCAAGAUCUGCAGGCACAGACAGCUGGUCAAUGGCAUCUCCUUCAGAGCUUCAGACAACAGAGAGGUAUCCUCUUCGAGCAGCUGGUUGCUGGAUCAUCAGCACAUCAAGAAAAGACUAAGAUCUGUCUCUGUAACUAAUGUGAGCACAUCUGCCCGUACAAGGCCGCUUCAUAGUUUCCAGAAGAGGAAACUCUACAGAAUGCACAGUGCCUGUCACUGGAAUCAGCAGACUCUGCCAUGUAGAGAUGCCUCCUUUCCAUGUAAAACUCAGUUGCCAUAUGUGGUGCCGGCCUCCACUUUGACCAGCAAUGAGUACAGCACAGAAUCUAAAAUCCUAGAUUACGUGCAAGAGCUGGACUCUUCCUUCCAUCCAGUCUUAUCAUUCCCUUCUGAUAUUCCUCUUCACGUAUACUUUGAAACAUUAUUAAGGAAGGAUGACAUCAAAGGAGAACCUGUUGAUACCUCAUCUUUGGGAGGGGAGUUUAAAGUGUCCUCUGACAGUGACUAUAAUCAGCAUCAUGUUUCUGUCAAACAAUGGAACAGUGGCUGUUUAUCUGUUUCCAAAUCUCAGUUGGUGUCAAGAACAUCCGAUCAGCUGUCAGAAGGAAGAAAGAAAAGACACCUAAGUGAGACAGCAGUAGGCGAAAGUAACACUCGGUUUGAGACGUUCUCCUUUCAACAUGGAGAGCCAGAAUCCCACAGCAGUUUUGCUGCUGCGACCAACGUCAGCACGAUGUCUCGGCCCACUCACAGCACUUCUUCACAGCAUAACUCCAGGAGGCGGUUGAGAAGUGAGAGCUCCUAUGACAUAGACAACAUUGUUAUUCCCAUGUCGCUGGUGGCACCGUCGAAGCUGGAGAAACUGCAGUACAAAGAAAUCCUUACCCCAAGCUGGAGAGUUGUUGAACUUCAACCUUUAGAAAAAUCACAUACAGAUGAAGAAGAGGCAGAAGAUCUGUCCGACGAAGCUUUUUCCUUGCGUCACACCAAGUAUGAAGAAAGAGAGCGUGCGAGAUGGUCGCUGUGGGAGCAGAGCCGCUGGCCCAGGAGGAACAGCAGAUCUUACAGCAAAAAUGCCGACGGCCGACACAGCCAAGACCAGUGUGCUGCUGACCCUGCUCCCGACCCGACUUUGGAAGCCCACAGCUCUGUGUGUUCAGGGAUGGCACCACUCUGCAGGGAGGGCCAGGAAGCGAAGUCUGGGCUGUGGGAACUUCGAGUUUUUCCACUAAAAGAUGAAGAGGUAGAAGCUUUACUAUGCCAAGAUCAAGUAACAAAUGAGGCUGAAAUGUCAAGUGCAGAUUUCCCCAGCAACUCUCCCUGCGCUCUGGGCACACCCACUGCUUUGCCAGACAAUGGCCAUCCACCAAGAAAACAAUCUACCCAAGAGUCAGAAGACUGCAAAAACAUUUGCCUGGGAAGCAACAGUACAAGUAAACAAAGGUGACAGGGAAUAAUGUGGUUCAUUAAGAAAGCCAAUUAAGGUGGAGAAAAGUGUAAGGUAAAAUCUCUCUCAUUCACACAGCAUAUGACAGCACAAUUCAAAACCUUUGUGUUAGCUGCAUAUAAUAUAUUUUCUUUCUUGCUUUGUAACAGGCAGGAUAAAUCCCAAAGACAACACUUUCUUCUUCCUGAACCCCAAGAGAAAGUAAUUAUUUCAAGCUGGAAGUCUAAUAUUCCCAGUGUCGCGAGUGGGCACACAUAAAUUGCUGGCACCAUUCACUGUCUGUUGUCAUAUUGUCACAUUUGUCAAUAAUCAUCCUUUUCUGUUUUGUUUGUUUUCAAAUGCAUUUCUGGUUCUAGUGGACUCUGGUGCAGCAGGGGAUGCUGCCUACCUUAGCCAACAACUUAAACUGAACACAGAAAAACUACUUGAAAAUAGAGGGGAUAAGCAAUAGCCUCAGAUUACUUUCCUCUGUGGCAUGACCAUGGGGCAGAAACCUGUCUCUCUAACUGCACGUGUAAGGUAACGGUAGGUGAGAACCAGCAGUUCAAAGCAGGUCAUGUGGAAGUCUUGCAUCUGGCUUAAAAUCUAUACUCAGCUCUGAGUAGUGAUGGGGCAUGUUUCAUAUCUAUGUCCUCAAGCAAUAAGGUAGAAAUAGCUCACUGUUUUUCCAUAGUCAAUGUAUCUGCUACCCAGAAAGUAGGGUCUCUGCUUUGGGCCUGUGGGGAGGGAGAGAGAGGAGGAAAGGUGUUGAGUCAAAUCAGUGAUGCAGCUCUUGGAAUACUGUGGUUUGGGUCAUCUUAUUUCUUAGUCCUUCAGCAGCUAAUGAGGCUCAUAAUACUUUGCUUUAAUAUGUUUAAAGUCUUGUUACAAUUUCUGUAUAGUGCCUUGUAAGAGUCUCAUAAGUAUGCCAACAUUUGGUGACUAGCUGGAAAGGAAAAGAUGAUUGUCUAGAAGACCAAUAAAAAAAAAAGCCCCAAAGCUUUCCACUGUGAUUCUGGAUAAAUUUUUCAUUUCCCAGCACACUCACAGUGAGGAAACAAAGGCAAGCUGUUUAAACUUGCAUCUAAAUAGCAUAGUUUGGAAUGUAUCUGCAAUCCCAAGAGGUAUUAACAAAGAUUACACAUUGAAUGUAGGUAUAAUCCAUCAACAGGAUGUUUUUCUGUGUAGGACAGUUGAAGACAGUUUAAUAGGAGUCUGUGUUUUUAUGCAGUUUUCUUCCACGUGUAAUAUCUGGAAUGGCACUGGACAGAUGACCCAGUUUUAGUGUCGAUUUUUUUUUUUUGG